CCUGCCCAUUACCAAACAAAGCACGCUCAUUUAGCGUCCAUAGGCGACUCGUUCCCACCCACGAGCCGCCACUGGGAAGGAUUUCCCAAACACCCGGAAUAAAACAAUAACGUUCAAGCCGCAGUUUGUCUUCCUUUUUAACGCAAAGCCGAGAGGAAAGCGUCGAACGCUGUCUGUAGAUUUGUGACGAGUUAUGCGUGUGAUCAUCGUGGACAUUUAAUCGGUGUUAGUGCUCAUUGAGUUACGGAGUUCACGGAACCUGCCACCUAAAAGUAAAAAUGUGCCAGAGCAAGUGACACGAAAAUGUGCCUCGAACUGAUUUUCAUGAAUUCACCCAAAACCCUCCCUGUCCUGGUGGCCAUGCUCGUGGUCGUGCGAUCCCAGCUGUACGACAGCCCAUGUCCCAGGACCUUCCAGUACCAGAUGGACCAGAACGGGGAGCUUCAUGGGAAGAUCGGGGUCUAUCCCUUCGAUGAGAACAAAGUCGAGCUUUUGGUGCAACUAAGCGUCGGUAAUGAAGUACAGAACUUCAACGGCCGCAUCGAGCUCGGCACCCCCCGCAACCAAGUGGUCGACAACAUCCGCAACCGCAUGCCCAUCGAAUACCGCGUGUACUUCCCCCGCUGGCAAAACAUCCCGCCCAAAGUGACCAAAAUCACCGUGAACGGCCAAGACGUCUGCCUAGGCCCCCCACUAACAUACUGGUUUCCAGUUAACCGAUUCACCGGUGUGGUCACCACGGUAACCCUGAACCACCGCUUCGUCAAAGUGCAACCUCUGUCAAGCAACCCCUUCAACCCCGGCAACAACGUCAUAGGAAGCGGAAAUCCGUUCUUGGGAAACGGUCCCAACGGAGGCAAAAACUGGGAAAAUUCUUUCCCGGGAGGUGGAGGUGCGGAUGGGGGGAAAAGGUUCAAUAACCAGAAUCCGUUCCUCGGGGAUAACUCAGGGUUUAAUGGGGGUAGGGACUAUGAUGAUGAGGUCUUUAUCAUGCGGUUUACUACGUCAAGGCCGACCACGGUGAAGGCUACCACAGCGAAAGUUACCACGACUUCUGUGGCUGCUAACGAUUUAUUGUUUUCAAGCAACCCCUUCCUCAAUGGUAGAGGUUCGCCGCGCCCACCAAUAGUCACCACCCCCCCGCCCCCGAAACAAACCACCCGUCCCCCCGUUUCGAAACCCCAGCCGCCAUCAUCAAACAACCAGUGCGGAAUUCCAGUAGUCGCCAACUUGCUAGUAGUCAACGGAAAAUCCGUCCCACGUGGUGCUUUCCCAUGGUUAACCGCAAUGUUUGUCUCCACUGGAACGGGAGUAGAGUACAAAUGCGCCGGAUCGCUAGUGUCCACCCGUCACGUGAUAACCGCCGCGCACUGCGUCCAGAAAAGCCGCCGAAGGAUCCCCGCAGACAAAUUCCUCUUCAUCUUGGGCAAACUCAACAUCGAGACUCUCCUGAUAGGCAACGGGGAGAAGAUGGUCGGAGCUGAUGAUAUUAAAGUUCAUCCGGACUACGUUCCUCUGGAGUCUGAUGCUGAUAUUGCUGUGGUGAUUUUGUCGCAAGUGAUCGAGUUCAGUAAUUAUAUCAGGCCGAUUUGUCUUUGGGCUGGGUCUGAUGAUAUUGAUACUGUUGUGGGGGAAAAGGGGAAAGUGGUAGGGUGGGGGCGGGACGAAAAUAAUAAUUCGAUGACUGCCGAGCCGAGACAGACUACCAUGCCCAUUGUCAGUCAGGAGGAGUGUUUGAGGUCUGGGGAGGUGUUCAAGUAUAUUACUUCACAGAGGACGUUUUGUGCUGGCUACCGCAACGAGUCCGGCCCUUGCAACGGCGACAGCGGCAGCGGCUUCAUAAUGAAGUCCAACGAGAAAUGGUUCCUCAAAGGCAUCGUUUCGACCUCGAAGUACGACUCCGUCAAGCAAUCUUGUGAUUUAACCAACUACGUAGUUUUUACCGACAUAAGCAAGUUCAGGACGUGGCUGUUAUCCAUCAUUGUUAUUUAAUAAACAUAUUAUUUAUUUUCA